AAGGGCUUAAAUUCAAUUACUACUUUCCACAAUAGAACAUCCCUUUGUUUUCUGGUCUCUCCCCAUCCUCUUUUUUAUAUAUGGUUGUCUCUCUAUUCUUCUCUCUUUCUCUCUUUCUCAAUCUUCAUCCAUCGAUCAUUUCUCUCUUAGCAUCUUUUCCCUGUCCAUCUAGAAAAAGGUAUUAGAAAGAUGACCGGGGUUCAGGAAGUUGAUCAAAGUGUGAAUCUUGAUCUUCUCAAGCAGAAAAUGGCCAACUUUGCCAAGGAAAGAGACUGGGAUCAGUUUCACAGCCCUAGAAAUCUCCUUUUGGCCCUGGUGGGUGAAGUGGGAGAACUCUCUGAGAUAUUUCAGUGGAAAGGAGAGGUCCCAAAAGGACUGCCUGAUUGGAAAGAAGAGGAGAAAGUGCACCUUGGUGAAGAGCUUUCUGAUGUUCUACUCUACCUUGUCAGGCUCUCUGAUAUCUGUGGCAUUGAUCUGGCGAAAGCUGCUCUGCGCAAAGUUGAACUUAAUGCUAUCAAGUACCCGGCCUCAAAGAACUACACCAACAGCAAUAAUGGCACUGCAGAGGCGGUUGAUGAUCAUCCAAAAGCUCCCUGAACGACCCAUAUGCUACUUUCUUCAGUUUAUUUUAUAUUUUACUCGAAUAUAGGUGCUGCUAUAGGUGGAUGUCGUAGGGUUUUGGAUGAGUAUGAGUAGGUCUAAGCUAGAAUAGAGAGCUAAGAGGAGUUUCAUUGCAUGCAGACAAGUAUGGGUGGUAUGUUUGGCAUUUAUUCCUAUAGAAUUUGUUACUGUUUCAGCUGCUGAAUCGGAUCCUUCUGACAGAUAUAUAUAUAUUGAGAUAUGAUAAGAAAAAAGUUUGCCUUCCCA